AUGCCGUUUGUGAUGGUGAUUGGUGCAGUUGGUUAUUUUAUUGAGCAGAGAAUUGCGAAUCCGAAGAAUAUUCCAUAUUUGGAGGAAUCAGUGAAGGAGGGACGGGAAGAACGACAAAUGGAGGACGAAUUGGACGCGUCCUAUGGUACUCCGAGCGAUAUCGAACAAAUCAAGAGUAAAAUUGUGCCCAAGUCAAGCUUGUUGCUGAAUACUGGCCGGAAAGGUUUGAUUGAUAACGAAAGUGGUCGGUAG